AUGAGUGCUAUGCGUGGCUUGACGGUAUUUAUUGCCGAUAUAAGAAAAUGUCGAGUUCGAGAAUUGGAAGAAAAAAGAAUCAACAAGGAGAUGGCCAAUAUCAGAUCCAAAUUCAAAGAGGGUAACUUGAACGGCUACCAAAAGAAAAAGUACGUUUGCAAGUUACUGUACAUGUAUAUUCUCGGUUGGGAAAUCGAUUUCGGUCAUCUUGAAGCUGUGAAUCUCAUCUCUAGUCAGAAAUACAGCGAAAAGCAAAUUGGUUAUUUGGCAGUUACGCUUCUAUUUCACGAAAACAGCGACCUUGUACGACUGGUCGUAAAUUCAACAAAGAAGGAUUUGGAUGAUAUGAACGAGAUUAACAACUGUUUAGCAUUGCAUGCGAUUGCCAAUAUUGGUGGUCGAGAAAUGGCCGAGAGUCUUGCUGUGGAUGUGCAUCGACUGCUGAUUUCACCUACAUCCAAGAGCUUUGUCAAAAAGAAGGCAGCAUUGACCUUGUUGCGUUUAUUCCGUAAGCAUCCAGAUGUCAUUCCUGUUACUGACUGGGCAGAGAGAAUCAUCUCGCUGAUGGACGACUAUGACUUGGGUGUUGCACUUAGUGUCACGACGUUGGUGCUUGCUUUAGCACAGAGUUUCCCAGUCGAAUACAGUGGAUGUUACGAACGAGCUGUGAACCGAUUAAAGAGGAUCUUAGUAGAGAGAGACUACAGCUUGGAUUACAUCUACUACAAAGUGCCUACACCUUGGUUGCAAGUCAAGUGUCUUCGUCUUUUGCAGUACUAUCCUCCACCUGAUGAUGCUAAAUUACGCUCAGACAUCAGCGAACUCUUGCAAAUCAUCAUCACCAACUCACAAGACUCUCCCAAGAAUGUGCAACACAGCAACGCUCAAAAUGCAGUUUUGUUCGAAGCCAUCAACCUCGCUAUCCAUCUCGACAGCAACUCCAGCAUUUGUGCUCAAGCAGCAGCCCUUUUAGGUAGAUUCAUAUCUAGUAAAGAGACUAAUGUCAGAUACCUUGGUUUAGAGACCAUGGCACAUUUAGCAGCUUGUGUCGAUUCAUUGGAGCCCAUCAAGCGACACCAGGAAACCAUCUUGUUGUCGCUUCGUGAUAAGGAUAUCAGUGUGCGUAGACGUGGUUUGGAUCUCCUGUACUCCAUGUGCGAUACAUCCAAUGCAAAGAUUGUGGUGUCUGAACUGUUGCGAUACCUGCAAGUCGCUGACUAUGCCAUGCGAGAGGAAAUGGUGCUCAAGAUUGCUAUUCUGGCAGAGAAAUUUGCAUCCACUUAUUCAUGGUAUGUGGACAUCAUCUUGCAAUUAAUCUCAACGGCUGGCGAGCAAGUGGGAGAAGAGGUGUGGUUCCGUGUCGUGCAAAUAGUCACCAAUAAUGAAGAGUUGCAAGAAUACGCAGCCAAGACGGUAUUGAACUACCUGGGAUCGCCUCAAUACAACGAAACCAUGGUCAAAGUAGGUGGUUAUAUCCUUGGCGAAUUCGGCCAUUUGAUUGCCAACAUUGCUGGCUGCAGUCCUAUUGAGCAGUUCAAUGCUGUUCAUGCCAAGUUCAACCUCUGCUCCCUUCAAACCCGCGCUCUGCUCUUGACCACCUAUGUUAAAUUUGUCAACCUCUUUCCAGAGAUCAAGGGGCAGAUUCUGCCUGUGCUCAACCAGUAUCGAUACGUAUUGGAUGCAGAACUUCAACAACGUGCUUGUGAAUACUUUUCGAUUUCAACCAUGCCAUCUGAUGACAUGCUGCAGACAGUCUGCGAAGAAAUGCCUCCCUUCCCCGAGAGAGAAUCGACUCUACUGCUCAAGCUGAACCAAAAGCAAGGUGAUACGGAAGAUAAGCGUGUAUGGGUCAUUGGUGGUCGUGAAGCCAAUAUGGAGCGUCAAGAUAGUCUCAAGCGUAUGGUGUCUGUUCGCUCCAGUUCUGCCGACAACUUUCAGACAGCAGCAGGCACUGCAUCACCUGCUGUACCCGCCGCCACGAUGCCCACGCGCUCCAACACAAUGCCUCUCACCACCGUAUCACAGCUAUCCGAUGAACCAGACCUUCUGAACUUUAAUGAUCUGUCAUUAGACAAUACCAGUAAACCCAAGCAAAUUGCCAACAUCAACACCAACACACCUCUGGCUCUUGGUUACGAGCUUGGAUACCAACUACUGCAGUACAAUGCGGAAGGCGUGCUAUACGAAGACUCGCAAAUGCAAGCUUCCAUCAAAUCCGAAUACCAUGGCUCACAAGGCCGACUUGCGCUGUACUUGACCAACAAGACGCAAUACAUCAUGUCUGAUAUCAACGUGAUGAUUACACCCGCAGAUGGUUUAGAGACCAAUUUAGCGCCAUUGGAAGGUAACAGCUUCUUGUCUGCAGGAGCUCAAUUACAACGCUUGAUCACAGUUGAAUGCAAUGAUGUCUUUAUCAACUCACCAGAGGUCUUUAUUGCCUACACGGUGGGCCCUGAAACACAAGUAUUGCAUCUCAAGUUGCCUAUUGUCCUGACCAAGUUCCAGGAACCCAUUACCACCAUGGACGGCACCAACUUUUUCAAGCGAUGGAACCAAAUCGGCGGCCCUCCUCGUGAGAAUCAGGUCAUUUUCAAAAGCGAGAUACCCAUCCAACUAUCAACAGCAGCAUCCUUACUACAAGGCUUUGGUAUUGGGUUAUUGACUGGUGUGGACCCAAAUCCAAAUAAUUUCGUGGGUGCUGGUAUUGUGGAUUCUGGAAAACAAGGCGGUAAAAUUGGUAUCUUAUUACGGCUGGAACCGAACUUGGAACAAAACAUGUAUCGUCUCACUAUCAGAACACCUACAGAAGGUGCAUCGACUGUUAUUCGUGAAAUUUUGGAGAGACCUCUUACAAAUGGAGCCUAA